CUGUGAUUGGUGCUUUUUGCAACACCCCUCUGCCACUGUUCAGUCCCCUCUUGAUUCCUGUUGUUUCGUUCUCACAGGGUGCACAGGCAGCUUCAGAUGCGGCAGCAGCGUCACUGUUUAGGAUCAGACCACUAGCGGUCACUAGUGGUGCUGGGUAGCACGAGAUCGUGCCUUUGUUCUCGGGAAAAAGGCUGCCACACCCCCAAUUGAGAUUGGCAGAGAAAGACGUAGGACACGGAGACAUCGCGAUUCGUCAUUGGCGCAGAUUCAAUGAAACUGAACGAUACAGGAAAAUUCAGUUAAAUCGCGCUCGCUGAAGUGUGGCAGAGGCGCACUGCGACUCUGGGACCGCUGCUGUUUGUGUCAGGAAGUCGCUUUGCUUUCACUCCGGGCCUAAAGGAGGCGAUUUCUCAGUCAGGCUGUUGCGCGUGUGUCGCGCACCGUGUCCUUCAGUUUCCACGACUUUCUCCCGCGUUUUUCGGACUUUCGCUGCUUCGUCGUCACCGCGCGCAGACACAGGCGACAAUCGAGUGGCCAAAAACUCGCGUUUCGCUCCUGCGCUCCCUUCUUGCCUCCUGGUGUGGCUUUUGGGGCACGCCUGCCUGGCGAACUACGAGCUGUCCGUCUUUUCCCCCUUUCUGCUCUUCGGUUUUUUCGGACUCAGAGACAGUCCCGAGGACCACUCAUUCGCCCUGUGAUCGGUAGAUCGCUCUGCUCCACAACUCUGGAGCCUCGACAAGGAUUUCAUUUCCUCGCAUUUUAUUUUUCUCUCUCCUUCUUUAGAGCGGUGCAGCCUCGUCAACGGUCUCCUUGAUCCGCGUUUGUUUCUUUACCUAACCAGCUCCACGUUUCCUCCAGGCGUCCCGCGUUUACACGGUCGCCCUCCGUACACAGCAGGGGCGCUUUUUGCGUUUCCGGCGUUCCAUGCGUACGGAGGAAACAGUCUUUCCUUACCGGAAGGAGGAAAAGAAAACAGUUGCCCGCUGCUCCGCUAGCUCUUGUUUUCUUGGUGACGGUGUGCAUCAACCGUCAAGCGUUGGCUGUUACUAGUAGCUGGAGUUUGAUUCAGGAUCCUCGGGACAACGUAGGUCCCUGGCAUUGGUCGCUUUGCGUGAUGCACGUUUGGGUCGCCGAUCGUUUGUGCAGGGACAGUUUCUACUUCCGCUUUUGUUUCCUGUAUCAGCACCGUUAUGUCUGCCGAUUUACGCAAGUACCGAUCAGCCUCUUGCGCCAGUGAGAGUUCACAGGAGACCUGAAAUUCGCAUGAGAGACAUCCUCAAGUUCCCGGCGUUUCUCAGAGCGAUUCGCUGUUUCUCCGGCCUCCGUAGCAACGCCCCACCGCUAGCAACAACAAGAAGUGGAUAGUGUAGAGGUCGACGGGGAGCUUCAGUUGCUAUCGGAUCGGUUUCAAAUGCCUGGUGACUUAUCCUACACGGUUCUCAAUCAUGGGCACAGACCCUUCCGGUCUGCAAUUCAGCGUAUCGAUCUACGUUGGGCCGCAUAUUAUUCUGUGUGGCUACAUGAUCGUUUUCAAACGAACAGUUGAUGUCACUUCCUUCAUGCGCUCGCCAUGAUGGCCAUGAAAAACGCAACAGAACUUGGUUCCGGUAAACACAGACCUUGAAGAUCUGAACCGGUAGAGGACCGCCCACUUGCUUUGUUGAAACUCCCUUUCGUUCAUUCCGGAUGCGGUGUCUCACUCUGGGCACGUACGAAAGUCAAAUAUAUUGUCCGGUCCUCGAAUAUCGUGUACAACGGUCCCGGCUUGUUCGUUUCCUGUCUAUUAUCUCGGGCCUCUUUCAGGUCCUCUGCGCCGCAUAGCUUACUGUAGGUUGGGAUUUCCUCGCGUUUACGCGUCGGUCCUUCCCUGCCGCUUUCCCUCAUUAACUGGUUUAGGUCUUGUCAAAUUCGCUUCCAAGGUUGCCUAUAAACAGCGCCUGAAAUCCCCAAACUCGCUCGCGACUUUGGGUUUUUCGUUUCGCCUGUCCAGCCCUCUAUCCUUCCCAGGUGGCCUGCGCGCGGUUUCUGUUCCGACUUUGUGCUUGAGUCUUCCAUCCGAAAAAGCAACAUUCAUCCGCUCAACCGCUGGUCCCGCUUCAGUUUCAACUCUACAGGAGUGGCGGGUUCGUAGAAACACAGGACCUGAAGUUCUUAACGUGUAACAGAAAUACAUUUUUUCUUAAAAACUUAAGGUCUGAAGGGGUUUCUGCACUUUCCAUAUUUCGGUGAAUUUCUUCUGAGUCUGACAGUGCGUUUCUCUUCACGUCUCUUCUUUCCUUCCCUCGCACUUUGGUUUUCGGCCGCCGACAACGAUCUGGGCAAUUCAGGCUCGUUCGUCUGCGCUGCCUUUCCCCUUCGUGCGUUUCCGGUAUCUCUCUGCUUAGCACUCAGGUGUCUGUCAAACCCAUUGGAUCGCCGCGGGUCCCUUGUUCGUUUUUUUUUGCCUUUUCUGUUUUUUCUUGUUUCCUGCGGCUUCAGUCUCUGCCGAAUACCACAUGGAUACACCGGCGCCGCAGACGCCCGCAGCCUCCCUUGACGCUGCUUCUAUUCUCACCACCGGCCUUCCCUCUCCGACCUCUCUUCUUUCGCUGUCGCCUCCGGCCUCACAUUCAUUCACUCGUUCGUCUUCCUCCGCUUCUUCUUCGUCGUCUUCUUUUCCUUCUUCUUCCUCCGCUUCGUCUCCGUUGUCGUCCUCGUCUGGAACGAGUGCGUACCCUGUUGUCGCUUCCGCGGUCCCUGCCCCUGUGACUUUGGUUGCUUCCUCUAUGGAAAACUCUUCUGGGCCUCGGAGUGAAUCACCAACAAUUCUUUCACCUCUUUCGCCUUCAUCUUCUCUGCCUGCGUCCGCUUCUCUAUCUGCGUCCACUUCUCUGCCUGUGUCUUCUUCUCUGCCUGUGUCUUCUUCUCUGCCUGUGUCUUCUUCUCUAUCUGCGUCCACUUCUCUGCCUGUGUCUUCUUCUCUGCCUGUGUCUUCUUCUCUGCCUGCGUCCACUUCUCUGCCUAUGUCGAGCGCAAGUCCGUCGUCUCUGCUUGCGCACCGCAUUGCCUUCCCUCCCCCGUCAGCUUCGGCUGUGUCGAUCUUCGUCAAUUCUUCGCUGCCGCCCAACGCAGCGUGCGUCUGUCCGCCUGUCGCUGCGCCGCGGGAACCGUCGUCUGCGUGUGGCUCGACGCGAGCUACGAGCGACAACUUGCCCCCGCGUCGCCGAGAAGAACGACAGUUUUCGCCGCAAACGGACCAGCUCAGACUUCCGCAGAGGAGCGUCGAGACUGCCAUGCUCCCCGGGACCGAGGCAGGACGAAGGCAGGAGACGCCGAACGCGCCAGGAGGCGACGCCGCUGCGCCGCCUUCCUCGCAGCUUCCUUCCGCCUCUGCUGCGAACCGCGGAGCGCCUUGGAGUUCUGCAGAGGCUGGCGGAAGGCGCGAAGCAGGGGAGGGACAGACGAGCGCGCCGGCCGACGAAGCUCGGAUUCACAGCGCCGUCGCCUUCCUCCAACAGCCCUCUGGUGAGUAUGCCCAGACACGAAAAGUCUUUUCCAGGAGCGAAGCGACCUGACUGACUGCAGCGCGAACUGCUGCGCAGACGCAAAUCCUCCUUGGCGCAUCGGGAACGCAACGACGUCACACAGGGGACGACAGAAGAGUACGAGUUGAGGGAAGAACGCUGUUGUUAAGACACAACUGGAAGCGGAGCGUCCAGAUCUGCUUCCAGAGAAAGGAGGUUGGCCGUCGACAGUUCGCAGACUCGGAAUCGUGCGAUCUGGCCAGGCCAGUGAGUCUUAGUUCGUUUUCGUCGCAGGAUUGCGCGCAAAGCGAUGUGCAGCUGCAAGCUCAUGCUCAGAGAUGGAGAGCCUCCGAGAAGCCGAGGAGAGAGAACGGCGGAAAACACUGGGAGGGCGAAACAGAAGGCGAGAAAAGGAUGGGGCAGGCGAUGUCGCCACGGCAAGAAGAGGAGAGUAAGAGAAAAAAGGGAAAUAUGCAAGUCCUGAAAACGCACAUGAAAACGUAGGCGGCAGAGAAGACAGAAGAGACAGAUAUGCGGCUUCAGAUCCGGUGGAAACCUCUGUGUGUAAACUCGUGUCUGCCUAUUUGAGGGGCAUGCGUGUGCCAGGGUGUAGAAAAGGCAGAGAAAAGGUUAAGAAAAUUGGAGGCGAUGUUCUGGGGAUCUCCACCUGUGCUCAACUGGCUAUAUGGAUGGAACGCGAAUGUGGACUCUCCGGUGGAGAUCGAGUUCCCCAUCCUUGUCGCAAAACAGACAGAGCCUGGUGAACCUCAAAAGCUUUGCUCUUUUGCCUGCAGUUGACGCGGCGCCCACCGCAGCCAAGCGGACGUUUCUCCUUCACAAAGGUCUCUCGGAUUCCGAAAUUGAGGAAGCCUUUCGCAGAACAGGUCUCAACGCUGCUUCUUCGUCUCUUCCUCCUGCUCCUUCCUCUGUUCCUCCUUCUUCCUCUUAUCCUCCUUCUUUUGUUCCUCCUCCUUCCUCUUAUCCUCCUCCUUCCUCGUAUCCUCCUUCUUUUGUUCCUCCUCCUUCCUCUUAUCCUCCUCCUUCCUCUUAUCCUCCUUCUUUUGUUCCUGCUUUUCCGCCUGCCGUUGCUCCUUGGGCGCCUUUGUCGGGUGCAGACAGCGCGCUGGCCACAGGGGGCACUAGGACCUCGAACGGAGAAGGAGCGCGAGAAGCGCGGACGCGAGAAGGAGAAGAGAAGGGAGGAAAGAGCAAUUUCGUUUACGUUGCGUCGGUCCUCCUUGCCGCGGCAGGUGCCGCCGCACUUGCGCGGCUUUUUUCGACCUCAGCGCUCUUCGCGCGCCCCUACGGCCAGGUGCCUGCGUCCGCCGCCGCGUCGCUGUCAGCGUCCGCGAAGCUGAAGACAUCGAGAAAAGGAAAAGAUGGAAAGGCGAAGGGCAAGGAAGGCGACGAAGUAGCCGGCGGACGUCGCGAGGAAGUAGAGGGAGAAAGUGAGAGCGAUGAUGGUGGAGAGGAAGAAGAAGAGGUAGAAGAAGACGAAGAGGACGAAGAUGAAUACGACGACGAGAACGAGACCGAAGAGGACUCAGAAGAAAAUGAAGAAGCUGAAGCAGACGAAGAAGAGGAAACAGACGACCAAGACGAAGAGGCUGAAGCAGAAGAAGAACAAGAUGCAUUUUCAGGGAGGGCUCAACAACAGGUUCGAGGUUGUCUGGCGGAUCAACAAAGAGAAGUGCCAAGAUCGUUCUCGCCUGCUAGCGGAGGGAGGAGCGAAGCAACCGGGAGAAACAAGGGAAGAAAAGCACGAAGGAGCAACUCACGCACUCCCUCUAACACAGACGCUGCUCUGUCUGUACACCUCAAAGAAGCCCCCAGCGGACCUCGAUUCAUCCAGAACGCGAUUGCCCGUUUCGGGGAAAGUCACAAACGAACCCGGUUGACUGGAAACGACUAUCACGAGUUGCUAAACCUCUUUCGACGACAGACGGCAACACUCGACCGCGUCGAAGGUCUUCUGGAGUCUGUCUCCUACUUGGUCGGAAACCGAGUUUCUCGUGCUGCCUCAGAGGACAAAAAGAUCCCCUCGUCUCUCUCACACCUGCGAGGUUCCCAAGACUCUCCCAGGUCCUCGCGAUCUUCUUCGUCCUCUUGUUCUUCUCCCUCGCACGCGCUUGCCUUUGCGUCUGCAGCCUCCUCAAGGCCGCUCGAAGCGGCGAGAGACAAAGCCUCGCGGCGUGAGCCCACGGACGAACUGGCUGGUUCUCGUUCGGCUGCGUCUUUGUCGUCUGCUUCGUUGUUGGCCUCUCUCCAGCCUUGGCAGCCUGCGCCUGUCUCGGCCGCCUCUCGCGCGUUCGCGGAAGAGCCUCAGAUCGAGGCAUCAGAAGCAGGGGCGCGAGCCUGGUGGCUGCGGAUGAGUGAAAGACCUCGGAGAGAAUCCGCGGCAGAAGAAGAGAAAGAAGUGGGCGGAAGAAACAAAAAACAACACUCUGCAGAGCGAGACAAAUCGAAAGGUAGGGGGAGCGAUGUUGACGAGGAUGAAGCGGAAGAAAGGCACUUGAAGGGAGAGGAAACAUGUGAAAAUGUACGCAACGAGAAAGCAGCUGUCGGUCGAGCUGCGUCUGUAGAGCGAUCCAAGAGAGGCGCGCGAGAGGUCGAGAGAACGGAGACACUUCGGGGAGACAGGACCACCGGUGCGGCGGGCGGAAGAGACAGGACAGCAGAGGAGAGAAAAGAGAGACCAAGACACGAGCAACCAACAACACACAUCCGCGCCGGCUCUGCCUCUCAGAUUCAUGCCGAUGAAAGGAAAAUUGUCGAACGAGCUUUCGAACAAGUCGCGCGUGCACUGCCGCCGAGUCUUGCAGAGAAACGCAAGGCCUUGGGAACUCUCGUGCUGAUGCUCUCGAACAUCGAGGCGGCACCGACGGAGGCUGAACGCAUGCGUUACUCCCGAAUCAAUACCCAGUCGCCUCGGUUCGAAGAGAGAUUCAAGGGCAUGGUUGAAGAAGUUGCCGCGUUUCUUCAGGCUGUCGGCUUCCAUCUCCAGGGAGGGAUGCUCACGUAUCCAGCGACAGCAGCCGUCCGCUCCGUCGUAGAGGCAAAGGACUUGACUCUGACGCACCUGCAAAGCCUGGAGAGCUCUACACCGGAACCGGCUGCUUCGCCUCUUCCUUCGUCUCUUUCCUCUUCAUCUUCUUCGUCUUCGUUUUCGUCUGCUUCUGCUGCCCCGUCGUGUACCGGCCACUACGCGAGCGAAAGAGAAGAAGAGAACAGGGCGCAAUCGAAUGACGAGAAGGCACCGAACAGAGAAGAAUCGAGAGACAGAAGAAAAGAUGAAACAGACAACGCUGAGCAGCGAGCGGAAGACGCACCUGUCCAGAAGCGCGAAGCCGACGAAGGCAGAGACAGAGAAGCGGGGGAAACGCGUGUGAAGGGAGAACAAGAGGACAACGAGUUGCAGCGAGAGGGAGCGAAAAACGACGAACUUCCUGAAGAAAAGAGAAACGACAUUCAGCGAGAGAGCGAGGCACGACGCAGCGAGAGAGAAGACGAGGAGACUCUCGCAAAGAGAGAAGAAGAGGACAGGCUUGUGCAGAGAGAAGAGGAGACUCUCGCAAAGAGUGAAGAAGAGGACAGGCUUGUGCAGAGAGAAGAAGAGGAGACUCUCGCAAAGAGAGAAGAAGAGGACAGGCUUGCUCCAUCGCAUGCGGCGAGGGAGGGAAGCGAGGAGACCACAGAGGGUAUACGAGGGUACAAUGAUGAGCGCGAGAAAUCCAGAGAAACUUAACAAAGAAGAGCGCGAGAAGAAACGAAGGCGCAGCGAGGCAGAGAGAAGGAAAGGCAUUGCGCAGGAAGCCGCAGGCUUUCCGAGAAAGCAGAAUAAGACGGAGCAAGAAGAGCAGAGGAACGCGCUUGACAAAGGCGAGAGGAGGCUGGAAACGCAAUCGUGACACUCAAGAGAAACGCGAGUAAUCGCGCGAUGCAUGCGCCCGAUUUGUUGUUGAUAGAAGGAUUGAAAAGUGUACAUUUGCGCCAGAUUUUAGAGUCUCUGAACUGCCGUCCUAAUCUUCGUUCCAUAGCCUUCACAAGAUGCCGACACGUCGUCCUAUGCAUGUCCGAACCUCUGAGUCCUUUUCAACUGUCAUGCAGUUGCUGGUCGACUGGACUCUCAAUAAACC